GAUCUAAAGUAUAACUGUCUUAGUUAUGUCUUUGCCACCGCUCUGGGGAAGCGAGAAAUUCAGGAAAAGUGUUAUUAAUAAGCUAAAUAGUGAGCUGGAGCAUUGUUCUCUGAGCGCAAAAAAUGCUGGGCAGGGCAUCGAAAAUGCGGUUUUUGAAAAAACACAGUCAAAAAAACAAUACUUGGGAUAUGUGGCAAAAAUUAUUUUAAGAGUGCGUAAUAUGGUGCAUAUUGAUGAUGCUUGGCUGGCAAACUGCGUCAAAACCAUUUUGAGUAAGCCACCCCCAAGGUUGCGUAGAGUGCUUCGGCCAGAAGAAUUCGCAAAAUAUAACAAGGAAAUGAUGAAACUGCGAACUCAAUUACAAGCAGAAGAAAUCCUUAAAACCAAAGACAGAAAGUAAUAAACAGAUGUUUGUAAAUACAACARAAUUUGUGAAUUUGAGACGCAAUUAAUUAGCAAGGAAUAAUGACUUUUUCYUGUAAAAAAAGCGCGGGGUUGGAAAAAUUAAUAAUUUGCUUCAUUAUUUUUUUCUGGGGAAUSAAAACUGUUCCCAAUUUUAUAUUUUCUAAUGAAAAAUUAGUACUUUAGUCCUCUAUCYAGCAGUCUGUAAUUGAGCCUUGCAGCUCUAACGGUUCUCGAAAUAUGCGAAACAAGUUCAGAGCGGGCUUCGAAAAAUGGAUAAUUUUUUAGUUARUUUUAUCUCUUGCGUCUAAUAAAUCUCUAAAUAUAUAAGGAAUAAUAAAACGCGGAUUUGGUAAAGUAGAAAAUKUUAUCACUACAUUUUUCUGAGGAUUUGAAAUCGUUCCCAAUUUGAUAUUUAAUACGGAAAAUUGCACACUUAAGUUUUCUGUGCAGCAGCUUCUUUCCACGCUAACGGUUCUCUUAAUAUCCGAAAAAAAUAACCGCGCGGGUUUGAGAAGAGAAUAAUUUUAUAAAUUGGCUUUUUAGUUCGACUAAGCUGAAAAACGCUCUGUGAUUGCUAAUUUACGUGAAAGUUGCGUGUUUAAAUUCUCCAUUUAGUAGUUUUCAAUUAAGUACGCUUUUUUGUUAAGACGAAUCCCAGAUAAUUGAACAAAAUUAAGGGCCGUUUAGAAAAGAAUAAUUUUCCUUCCUUAAUUUUUGUCUGGGGUCAGUCACGGCUUGGCCAUGGAAUCGAGCAUAAUGUUUCUAUCAUAGACAAAAUAAAACAUUUUCAUCUUUA